CCGACCCCGCCGGAGUCCCCUCCUCCUCCCCUCCUUCGCGGAGGAAGCGCGGGGCCUCUCCCUCCCGGCGGUCCGUCCGCGCCAGAGAGAAGUACGACUCCAAGCCACCGGUGGCGGUCUUGGAUGACGAUGAAGUGAAGCGUCGAAUGGAGGCAGAAGAGCCGAAGAAACAGGGGAAGGAGAUUGUGGAGGCAGGGGGACCGGAGGAGGUUGAUGAAAAUGCAGAGGCUUUGAAGGAGGCUCCGUUCUGGCUCCCCGAUGGUUGGAUCAUAAAUGUUCGCCAUGGUGAUGAUGGCUCAACAUACCGGUACUACACUUCCCCAGUGUCUGACUACACAUUCUCGACGGAUAUGGAGGCACUAGAUUAUCUGUUCUCGGAGAUGGACGAGCGCAUAUUGGAGUCUGAGGCAUGCGCUGAGGACAACGAGCUUCAUAAAAUGCAUUCAUGGCUUCCAGACGGUUGGGUGGUUGAGAUCAGAGCUGGGACGAUGCGGGACAAAAUGUACAAGUUUUACGUUCACCGGCCUACUGGAAUGCGAUUCUUCUCAAAAGAAGAUGUAUUGCGCUAUGUGAAUGAAGGGAAGAUUUCUGGAUGUGAUGUCAAGGGGCUGUGUGACACCAUCUCUGAAGAUAAUAUACUUGCACAGGUGGAAUUCAAUCCAGAUGGGCUACCGAAAGGAUGGGUGAAAGAAUUGGUAUUUAGAAAGUGCAACGAUGGAAUUAGAAAAGACCCGUAUUAUACCGAUCCUGUCAGUCAUCUUUUAUUCCGAACACUGAAAUCUGCAAUAAGCUACCUGCAGACUGGAGAAAUUAGUAAACAUGCCUAUCUUCCAAGGAGAAGUGUUACAGACAUUUACUCUUUUGAUGGGUGUGCAGAUCUGCCUCGAAAAAUGCUGAAACGAUUGAAAGUACAAGGGAAGAAAAAACAAAAAUUCGUGCAAUCAUUGGUAUUUGAAAAGAAUUUAUCUGAUGACCAGACGUCAAAUCGCUCUCAUGGUGGCACCUCGGGUAGCAUGAAUCCUCAGUCUGACCCAAAAGAAAAGAGGGUCAAUACCGUACAAGCUAAAGGCAAAGAACUAAUUAGUUCAGAGACUACCAAGCAAGGCAAAGAACCAAUUAGUUCAGAGACUACCAAGCACGGCAAAGAACCAAUUAGUUCAGAGACUACCAAGCAAGGUAAAGAACCAAUUAGUUCAAAGACUACCAAGCAAGACAAAGAACCAAUUAGUUCAGAGACUACCAAGCAAGGCAAAGAACCAAUUAGUUCAGAGACUACCAAGCGUCCGAGGGGCAGGCCACGGAAAAUACCAAAGCAGACGAAUGAAACAACUUCAGAUUGCGCAAAGAGUUCAGACAAGGCGACAACACAUAUCGAAAUUGCUUCAGACAAGGAGACGAAAAAGGAGAUGGAGAAGCAUGCUAUGGCAAACCAAGAAGUCGACUGCAAGAGCGACCUUGCAAUGACCCUUUUGUCGCUGAUGAGGAGGGGAAGCACGGAUCCGAUGACUGACCCGGAAAUGCGCAAGCAAGAAAAUGGCGAUCCGGCUGAAGCUAAUGCAAAGUCAACACCCUCGGCGGUCAAGAAAUUUUACAUGAGAAGAAAUAACAACCAGAGCUUCAAAAAAUAACCUGUGACUUGAUCAUUCAGAGGUAGUAACUGAGUUGUACAUGAACCAGAUACUAAUGUGAAGGGGAUGCACGCCAGUUUGUAUGUACCUGAAUAAGCGAAUAAUGGAAUAAACAUGCUUUAUGUGACUUAA